AUGACCACAGGAACCUAUCACAGUGGAUCCUCACCACAUUCAAUCAAUAAGGUUAUAUCAUAUGAUUGUCUAUCUCCCAAUCAUAAAGUUUGUGCAUCUUCUAUUCUAUCUUCACAUGAGCCACAAUCAUACAAUGAAGCAGUAAAAGAUGAAGCAUGGAGGAAAGAAAUGAAGUGUGAAAUGAAUGCCCUUAUUGAGAAUAAAACAUGGACACUUACAGACUUGCCACCAGGAAAGAAACCUAUUGGAUGCAAAUGGGUAUACAAGGUGAAACACAAAGCAGAUGGUUUUAUAGAAAGGCACAAAGCUAGGUUGGUUGCUAAGGGUUACACUCAACAGCUAGGAGUAUACUACAUUGAAACAUUCUCUCCUGUGGCUAGAAUGACAACAAUAAGAACAUUCCUGGCUGUGGCUAUUGCAAAAUGA